AUGGCUCACACUCUCGCUGUGGCUCGAACAGGGCGCACCGCUCGGGAAGUAUUAAGGUGCUUUCCACACUGCUGCCCCACGCACUCCCAUGGCAAGUUUUGUACGACGUCGAUCGACUUGAAACUGACCGACGUGGACUCGCCCGUGCCGAAUGUGCUGGCGUUCGCCCGCUUCCAAGAGGCAACGACGAGGGUGUUCCAGGCAGGGGAUGUCGUCGAUGCGUCGUUCAUUGUGGGUAGCUGCAGGACGACUCAAAACCCAAAGGGCGAGUGGAUUCCAAGCCAUUCGUCGUACCACAACGAGGCCAAACGAGAGAUGGUGUUUCAGCUCCACCAUGAACCGGGGGGAUGGCACUACGGGUGGGUCGGUUCUGCCAACCAAGUGCACCGCGCUUGCCUUCAUCGAUUCGUGGUACCGACGACUUGCUCGUGGUCUCCGCUCAAGCGACAUCGGCAGGGAUACGUGGUGGAAUGGCAUGACUCGACCAAGCUUCGCGUCGUUGUGUCCACUGCGUCGCCGCCAUUCAUUAUCAUGUCGUACCGCCGCGCAUGCUACGCGUGCCAGAAGCAUCGCCCCCAGAAGGAUGGAAAGCCGUCCGACGCCGUGCUCGAAUGCGUCUGCGAUGGGGCAUUCAAUCUCGAUCGGUCGACGGCAUCGAGCGAAGGCACGGUCGUGGUGGGUCCUGCCGGACGAUCCGAUCGAAUCACCGACGACUCGUUGGACGAUGUGGCGGCAAUCGAGCGCCACCUGCGCGUCUUCAUGGCGUUCAUUUCCGUUCCGUCCAUCCAUUUCUUUUCGGCCCAGUUGCCCACACUCGACGAUUGUAUCCGAAGUGGGCUGGUCCACCCCAUGGUGGCUGCUCACGACCUCCGCACAGACGACUUGCCUCCAUUGCAUGUCCCCCUAUCCAUCGUUCGCCCGGACGUGGCCGCCCCCCUCGUGGCCGACGCCAACCUGGAAUCGCUCAAGGCGUUGUGUGUUGACGUGGCGCUGUCCACCGUGACCUUUGCCGCGUUCAAGCUCAACGCCAAGCUCUUCUCCGACAACGCCGAACGCCUCUUGGACCGCGACGCCCUGUACGACGCAUACGUUGAAUGGAUCGAGCUGUGCCAUCACGCCAUGGCCGACCGACUCCAGCGCUUCAACACUUCGUUGGCCCAACUUACCGAUGCCAUCAUCCACGCGACCACCACCCACCACGACGAAUGGAAGCCCCUCAGCACCUCGAUCACGGCCCUCCUCGACGAUCCACGCGGCAGCACCACACCCGAGUUUGACUACUUUGUCGCGCAGCUGCGAGAAGUGUACAUGGCUGAAAACCACCCGCCGCUGCGAUCCGCAUUCCCAUCCUCCAAGUCCCCCUUUGACGGGCGAUGGAUGUACUACACGACCACGUCGGUCGUGUAUGCCGCGACAACGUCCCCCGAGUUGGAUUUUUCGCUCGCGACGUUUUUGCGCUGUGUCACGAUGGGCUAUUCGUUUCAAUUGCGCGUCGUCGGCCAUGUCGUCCAGAUGCGGUCGGACCUGUCCUUGUUCGACACAGUGUGGGCCGAAUUCAUCUUGGACUCGACGGCGCGAGUGUUUCGUGUGUUUCCAAAUGGAGAAAGCAGCAUGGCCCGGCUGUCGGGGCAUCUCCACGGGGACUACAUUGGCCGCGUGGUCAACACGGACGUGCGGGAAAUCUGCAUGGACUUGUUCAGCUGGCCUUUGGAUGGCUGCACCACCAUCCACCGCAUCACGGUGAAGCUACAGCCUACCCACCACCCGUUCGAGUUGGCAGUGUCGUUUGCCGUUGGGGUGGCCACGUCCGUGGCAGGCGACACCCCAGACUAUUCUGUCUUGUCGGCCUCAGACCGGUAUACCAGCUACGUUGCGCACGACGAGACUGCGAUUGCGAAUGUUCAAGCCCUCUACAGACUAUGCACGUGA